UUUGCUUGCUCUGUAGGUUGAAGAAGUCAGGCAUUCAGAUGCAAUCUCAGAUUGUUUUGGAUGUGGAUGAAUAGAGAUGAGAAAAGAAUUGGUCAAAUUUGUGGAAGAAAAGCCUGUGGAACAAGACUCUCUGGAUUAAGCCACUGGCUUAACCCAAAUUGUUGAUUGCUAGAAGGCCGUCACAGGUAUAGGUCCAUGUCAGUUGCUGAAAUCUGUGAUGCACAAACCUCCUCGUGUUAGGGUUCAUGUGGAGAUACCUGAGGAGAGAGAAGGUCUUUGGUCACCUGGGAGCAUGGCUAAGCUGACACACAUUGCUGAGAAGAUGACAUGGAAUGCGAGGACCCACAUCACACUGUUUAUGGCCUCAGUCUGUCUUCAGACCUCAAAGGUGCACCACUCCUCUCCAAGCUAUUCAUAAGAAGAUAAUUUGGGUUCAUGACUGUAAGAAGACUAUUUCAGUGCUCAAAGAGACUAAUUGUCCUGGCUGUAGAGUACAGUUGAACUGAAGAAAUUUUCUGCCUGAAGCCAAAACAAACAGAAAAUCACUAACAGAAAUAGAGUGGGAGCUUUCAAACAGAAGGUGUACCAGUUACUGGUUUCAGAGGUGAAAACAGUACACUAAAAGCUGGUAUUAAUGGAUGCAGUGGAGCUUCACUGCUCCCAGAAAUGGUUGAAACAGAGGAGAGUUAAGAGAGAAUUAAAGCAACAGAAAGCAGACAUCUAGGGCACUUCUUGGCAUCCACAGGAAAAUCAUAUGGGAUUAAAAAACCACAGCAGAACUGCUGAAAGCUGCCUCUCGAGGAUUACAACUUCACCUUUGCAUUUACGGCUGCUUGUUUACUAUCCAUGUGGUAACCUCUGGACAGCCAGUAAUCCAUUCAUUAUCCACACUGAUUGAGUGCAGUGGUAACUACUUCACUCAGCUGACAGCAGACAACAAAAGGAGGGAAAUGAUGAAUUCGGACAAUUUAACCUCCCAAAGCUUCCUCUCUGCGAUUCACAGCAACACCAGCAAUUUAUUCUCAGGGCUCCAGUUUGUUCAGUCCUUCAAGCCACUCAUCAUCCCCUGCUACUCGCUAGUGGUUUUUAUUGGUGUCAUUGGGAAUUACCUUCUCAUUUACGUUAUCUGCAAGACAAAAAAGAUGCACAAUGUCACCAACUUUCUGGUGGGCAACCUGGCUUUCUCAGACAUGCUUAUGUGUGCAACCUGUGUGCCCCUGACGCUUGCCUAUGCCUUUGAACCCAGAGGGUGGGUGUACGGAAGGUUCAUGUGCUACUUUGUUUUCCUGAUGCAACCUGUCACUGUCUUCGUGUCCGUCUUCACCUUGACUGUCAUAGCUGUGGACAGGUAUUAUGCUAUGGUGUACCCAUUCCGCAGGAGGCUCACGAUCCCUAUUUGUGCUUAUAUCCUGGCUGGUAUUUGGCUGCUGAGCUGUACCUUGGCUGCCCCAGCCUUGGUCCACACUUACCACGCAGAGUUCCCAGAACUGGACUUCUCCAUCUGCGAGGAGUUUUGGUUCCACAUGAAAAGGGAUCGCUUAGCUUACGCCUACAGCACCCUCAUAAUCACCUAUGUGCUGCCUUUGGCUGUCAUCUCCCUGUCCUACCUAAGAAUCUCAGUCAAGCUGAAAAACCGCGUGGUCCCAGGCAAUGUCACCCAGGGCCAAGCUGAGUGGGACCGAGCAAGGAGGAGGAAGACUUUUCGCUUGCUCGUCUUAGUGGUGGCAGCUUUUGGAGUCUGUUGGCUGCCCCUGCACAUCUUCAACAUGAUAAAGGACAUAGACAUCAGCCUGAUUGACAAGCAGUACUUCAACUUCAUCCAGCUGCUGUGCCACUGGUUUGCGAUGAUGUCUGCUUGUACCAACGCCUUCCUCUACGCCUGGCUCCACGACAGCUUUAGGGGGGAGCUGAAGAAAAUGUUUGCCUGGAGAAAGAAGAAAAUUGGACCCACUACAAACUGUAUCAUGGCCAGCGUGGUGCUGUAAAUGAGAGCUGGUGGGAAGGUACUUCCUUCGUAUGGUAACACUGAAACAUUCAAAAGGAGAUGAUGGCUUUAAUCCCUACAUCUACAUUUCCUACAAUUCCUACAUUCCCAUUAGGCACUGGGGACGUUGCUUCAGCAGCUAGCAGGGCUGCAAAGAGAAGCUUUGCUGCUUUCCAGCGCAGAACAAGAUCUGCCUCUCCUGCUGAGCACAGGGCUUGGCUCCUAGAUAACACACUGGAAAGGCAGCCUGUGGCUUGCAGCAGCAGGAGGGGUUUUAGCACUGUGGUCUGCGAGAACCUGGUGGUGUGCACAGAGCUGAGGACCAUCCUGUGCAGCUCAGGAUCCCCCCAGCAGCAUCAGAGUGAUGUGCUGGGCUGGAGGCAGCUGGUGCUCCUGUGAGGUUGGGCAGCAUGAAGUGUUGUUGCUCUGUCUGUGCUUUCUCUGCCACAGGGGGUUGUGCCCAGCUACCCUUUCACACCCAUGACAAGACAGGCUGCCACUCUAGUGAAAAUGUGACCGCUGAACAACACGGUUGCUGUGACACGCUGUCACAGGCCGGCACCAGUCACAGCUCAGAUUUGUGCGACCAGCUGCGUUUGGGAGCGGGAAGGCAAAGCGAUGCACUGUAUUGUAAAAAAAAGCCUGUCUUGGACUCGCAGAGGGAGGACAAGAAAGAAAACAAAACAAAAAACUAUUUUUGGACUGCAAGCAAAUGAUAACCAUCCAAAGGCUACAUCUAUAACCACCCAGAGGCUGUGUUUCUGUAUGGACA